UGUCCCCUCAAUCCCGUGUCGCCUGGCCUCAGAGCUGAGCGGCGCAAGCUGCCCUGCUACCUCUCAGUGGUCACUUCCCAGGCCUGUCGCAGUUGGGCUCCGGCUCCUUUGCGGAGCCACCAUGUCGCAGAGCGGGGAGGAGAACCUGCAGGGCUCCUGGGUAGAACUGCACUUCAGCAAUGGGAAUGGGAGCAGCGUUCCAGCUUCCGUCUCUAUUUAUAAUGGUGACAUGGAAAAAAUACUGCUGGAUGCGCAGCAUGAAUCUGGACGAAGCAGCUCCAAGAGCUCUCACUGUGACAGCCCACCUCGCUCCCAGACACCACAAGAUACCAACAGAGCUGAAAUAGACACCCACAGCUUUGGUGAGAAAAACAGCACUCUGUCUGAGGAAGAUUAUAUUGAGAGAAGAAGAGAAGUUGAAAGUAUCCUGAAGAAAAACUCAGAUUGGAUAUGGGAUUGGUCAAGUCGGCCAGAAAAUGUUCCCCCCAAGGAGUUCCUUUUUAAACACCCGAAGCGCACAGCUACUCUCAGCAUGAGAAACACAAGCGUUAUGAAGAAAGGGGGUAUUUUCUCAGCAGACUUUCUGAAGGUUUUCCUUCCAUCUCUGUUACUGUCUCAUCUGUUAGCCAUUGGAUUGGGGAUCUACAUUGGAAGGCGUCUGACAACUUCCACUAGUACCUUUUGAUGAGACUUGGAUCUGCCUUCUGCUCACACAGUGAGGAUUCACGCUGAGCUGUGACAGCUAAUUGAAGAGCUAGCAUGAUCCUUGGGUGUCUGCACUAUGUGUGUUUAUUUGUUUUGUAAAUGCGGUGUUCCUGAUUUAGUGAGACAGAAUAGACUCUUACCACGACCUAUAAUUAUACCUAUGGGAUCAAUUAAUAAGCAUGUCAGACUGAUGCCUAUUGUAGCAUUUAUUAGUAAAUUUCUUUGAAUAUAUUAGAUAUAAAUAGUAUAAAUAAUUUUAAUAUAGUAGCAAUAGUGUAUUUAAAAAUGAUCUGUAAUUGUAAUCCAGUUAAGACACCUUACACUUCAAAAGAAUGACUUAAGUGAUAUUAAAAUCAUUAAAGGGUUUUCCCCAAAGGAAUUCUGUGGCCUUAUAAUCCUAUUAUGUAGUAGAAAAUUAAAGGGUGUGGGUUAUUUGUAAAGGCCUCUUACUUUAUGAAUUCAGUAGCAAGGAGAGACUAAGGUUACCCACAAACUCCACUUUGCAGUCCCCCUCUUCUUGCUUGCAGGAUGAGGAUUCCAGCCUUGCUGUCCACCAUUACCUUGGGUGGGCAGUUGUGUUACGCCUUUAUCUCUCUGCUGAGUGAAGUUCUACGGUUUGUACUUAAAUUUUGUGUGCUUUUAAAAUCAGCUGUAUUGUAAGCAAAUCUGUCUACUUUAAAAGACUGGAAAUGAAAAAAAUCUUUGCCAAAUUCUUUGGAGAAUACUGGAUUUGCAUAUGAAUUAAUCAGUAUCCAGCACUUGUGUUAAAUCAGGCGUCCUCCCAGUCUUCUCUUUUCUAUAGCAUGGCUUUAAAGCCUGCCUCCUUGACAUGCUGUAUAUAUUCUAUUGUAUUUGUUUCAUUGUCCCACACUUAACUCAGGUGUGCUAAAAAUAAAAGUAAAUUUUAACAGUC